AGCUCCCGGCGGCGCGAACCGAUUCGCCCGCAUAAUAUUUGAAGGGGCAAGGCCCGAAAGAAGCGGGGCGGCAAGCUGAGCUCCUGGCGGGGCGGGGCGGGACGACGGCGGAAGAAAACUACCGCUCCCGGCGUGCAGCGCGGCGGCCCCGGCCCGCUCCUGACCGGUGGACGCCGGGGGCGGGCCUCGGGGCGGGGCGGCGGGCGGUGCCGGCGAGCGGAGCGGGAGAUGGCUGAGGCGGGGCCGCCACCGGUCGCCGCUGCCGCGCCCGGGGGAUCGCCCGGCAUUGAGCCCCGAAGGACCCGCGAGGGGUCGCGGCCACCGGAGCUGCCGGUCGGCGACACGCGGGAGCUGCUGGAGGAGGUGGAGAUGCAGAUCGGCGACGCGGCCUCCUCGCUGGCGAAGAUCCUGGAGGCGACGUCGGCCGUGUCGGCCCAGGUGGAGGAGCUGGCCACCAAGUGCUCGGAGAACGCCCGGUUCCUCAGAACAUGGCGGGACCUGCUGAGGGAGGGGUACGAGUCCCUGAAGCCCAGCGGCUGAGCCGGGUCGCGCCGAACUGCCCGCUGCUGACCGGCUGGGAUGCGGGGGUUCGGGUUUGAUGUGUUUGUGUGGUUUUCUUUUUUUCUUUUUUUUUUUUAAAACGACCUUUUUUUAGGGUGUUCACGUGGGUUUUUGUUUUCCCUCGGCAGCUCCCCGUGAGCCCGGAGUUCUUUCAGAAAUACUUGAUGACUCGUAUGGAUGUUGUAUGUAAGUCCCUGAGUAAAAUAACUUUGUUUAGGGAAUGAAUUGUGACUUUUAGACUCUUCCACUGCAGCUCAAGCGGUCUCAGAUAAGAAAUACCCUCCCUUUUUUUUUUUUUUUUUUUUUGGCUGAUGUGGUGGAUGCAAAGUUAGUACGUGUGGUAUGCCCAGAACUCACUACUGGUGGUGAAGUGGUGUCCUGCCAGGAGGUAUUGUCAGCCCUCCUUUUUAAGAGCUGUCACCAGCGAAAACCCUGCCAGCUCCAGAGAAACUUGCUGAGCUAACUCCAAUUUUUCUCUAUGCAUGCUUUUUCUUCGUGUGCGUAGAGAAGAAAUGCACACGAUAUUGCAUUUCUAUGGGAUAAUACAGCAAGCUGUGGCUUAUUUACAAGCUUUAGACAAGCCCCAUAUCCAAACCUUACUAUUUUUAGCAACAUUGCAAUAUAUUUCUAUAAAGCUGCAAUUUUUUUUGCAAGAUAUUUGAUUACUGCAAACAAUUUUAUACUAUCUUUUGUUGCAAUAAAGUGCCUUAUGAUGGACUGUGUAUCUCUGCAUGGUAGAAGUUUAACAGCAUUGUUUACUGAUAGGGUGGAUUAUUUUGAACUAUAUGUAAAGGCUUCCAUCAGUUAGAAAAGAAUCUGUGAAAUGUAUUCUCCCGUCCCUUGGGAGGC